GGCCGGCCACAGCUGUCCCUGGCGGCAUGACAUGUGGGCCCGGACCGCGGGCGCGGCCCACCGGUCAGUGAACCCGUCGAAGACGAGUGGAGACGGCCUAUACCAAAUCGGAGACCGAGCCCUCAUAAUUCUCCUCUCUCGCCCUCUUGUGAUUCCGGUGCGUCUUCCCCUCCUCUGUGCCUGCGCGCACCGGCUUUCCUCCCCCUCCUCUCUCCUCCCUCCGUCCGCCUCCGGGAGAGGCCGAGAGAGAGGGAGAGAGAGAGGACGCGCCGGAGCUACCCGCGGCAGCAUCGUCCCGUCUCGAUCUGCGUUGUACUCCUUGACCAGCUAUGGCUUUUAUCAAUUCAAAGUCAGACUCAUUUCAAGCCUUCCGUCUAAAACAGAACUUAGACAGCUUUGGCACUCUGAACUGCUGAUCAAGAUGCCAGCACUGAGAAUGAAGAGGAAGUUUGAUGAUGACAUUUUCGGGAAUGAGUUUGACACCAAAUCCAUGAAAUCGAUGAAAAUCUCGAAUUUUCAAGUUGAUGAGUUCGAGCAGGCAUUUGUGUUGAACUCGUCUUACAAGGACCCUCAGGAUGAGCCUGAGUCGACAACUCAACUAGCUGGCCAGGAUAUUAGGGUUACAGAAUUUUCUGGCUUGCAUGCUAUACUUGGAGGAACAUCCGUUGCUCUGCUGAAGGAUUUAAUAUCUGAAACUGUUGUUCCACCAAAUUUGGAGCCUGAUUCCUUAUCUAAUAAUGAUGACGGCAAAUCUCAGUCAAAUGUAGUGAACACCGGUGAUAAAGAGUUUGCAGAUGAAGAUGUAAAUUCUGCAGCACAAGAUAUCUGUGCUGUCAAUAAUCAUGAGAAAAGCCUGGGCUCAAACCUGGAUUGCAGCCUGUUGGAUAUUUAUAAUCCUGAUGAUGCUUUUCCUUUCUUAUUUGAUGUUCCAACUGGUCUCCUGGCUAGUUACAGUACAUUUUGUGAUGAAUUUGUACCCAUCGAUUCAUUGAUAGACAUGAGUGGCAUAUGCGGAGUAUUUCCACUUAAUGAGAGCACCGUGGAAGGUGGCAAUGGCAAUGAACCAUGCCCAUCACCAGGGGAUAUGUGCUUUAAUAACUCUGGUGGGGAGUGCUUUAGCCAUUCUGAGGUUUUAGACUGGCUUAAUCCAUAUAUGGAUGAGGAGGAUUUACCUAAUCUUAUUGAUUAUACCGAGUUGAGCUCAAAUGCUGCUUGUGUAUCUAAAGAGCAAGGGGCCAGGAAGGUCACUCUUGUGCUUGAUUUGGAUGAAACCCUUGUUCAUUCAACUAUGGAGCACUGUGAUGAUGCAGAUUUUUCUUUUCCAGUGUCCUUUGGUAUGAAAGAACAUCUGGUAUAUGUGAGGAAGAGACCACAUUUGCAUAUGUUCCUCCAGAAGAUGGCUGAGAUGUUUGACGUUGUUAUAUUCACAGCAAGCCAAAGUGUUUAUGCAGACCAGCUGCUUGACAGGCUCGAUCCAGAGAACACAUUGUUCUCGAAGCGUUUUUUCCGUGAGUCAUGUGUAUUUACGGAAAGUGGCUACACAAAAGAUCUGACUGUUAUUGGAGUUGACCUUGCAAAGGUUGCCAUAAUUGACAACACUCCGCAGGUUUUCCAGUUGCAAGUGAAUAAUGGUAUACCCAUAGAGAGCUGGUAUAACAACCCCUUUGAUGAGGGGUUACCUCAGCUGAUUCCAUUCCUGGAGACGCUUGCUGUUGCUGAUGAUGUCCGACCCAUAAUUGCCAAGAGGUUUGGCAACUAAAGGACAAUGGCUGAGGUUUUCCAGCAGGUGUUAGGAAGAGUUUGUUGGUUACUCACAUAGAGGAACAAGAACUUACAUGACACAUUGACCGAGCUAGUUGAGACUUGCCUUUUCCUUAACUUCAUUUACAUGUGUUUCAUAGGAUCAAGAAUUUUGGUGGCAGAGCUAUUCCUCGUGAAUUGUACAUAUCCUCAAACACUGUUAUAGAAUUUUGUACAUAAAAACUGUUAGAAAUGAAAGUGAACCCCUCCAAUUUUUCUUC